CCCUGGCUCUUCCUCGGUCCGCCAUGGAGGCCCUCUGUCCGAUCCUGCUCGCGGGGUUUAGCUGGCCGCUGGCCAGAGCGCUCAGUGAGAACCAGACCAUCACACCGGACAGCAACAGUACAGCCAUCCCAGGCCCUCCAGACCCGGGUGCCUCCCAGACGCUGCUGGCCUGGCUGCUGCUGCCCCUUCUCUGCCUGCUGGGACUCCUCCUAGUGGCCGCCUACUGUUUCAGGUUCCGGAAGCAGCGGAAGGCGGUGGUCAGCGUCAACGACAAGAAGAUGCCCAACGGGCUGCUGGAGGAGCAAGAGCAGCAGAGAGUGAUGCUGCUGAGCCCGUCCCCCUCGGGGCCCAGGAAGUACUUCCCCAUCCCCGUGGAGCAGCUGGAGGAGGAAAUCCGCCUGCGAGCCGCCGAUGACUGCAAGCACUUCCGGGAGGAGUUCAACUCAUUGCCAUCUGGACACAUACAGGGGACCUUCGAACUGGCCAAUAAGGAAGAAAACCGAGAGAAAAACAGAUACCCCAACAUCCUGCCCAAUGACUGUUCCAGGGUGGUUUUGAGCCAAGUGGAUGGGAUUCCCUGCUCGGACUACAUCAAUGCCUCCUACAUAGACGGUUACAACGAGAAGAACAAGUUCAUAGCCACCCAGGGACCCAAACAGGAAACGGUGAACGACUUUUGGCGAAUGAUCUGGGAACAGAAAUCUUCCACCAUCGUCAUGCUGACUAACCUGAAGGAAAGGAAAGAGGAAAAGUGCCACCAGUACUGGCCUGACCAAGGCUGCUGGACAUAUGGGAACAUCCGCGUGGGUGUGGAGGACUGCGUGGUCCUGGUGGACUACAUGGUCAGGAAGUUCUGCGUCCAGUCGCUCCCUGACAGCUGCAAGGCUCCCCGGCUGGUCUCUCAGCUGCACUUCACCAGCUGGCCGGACUUCGGGGUGCCCUUUACGCCCAUCGGGAUGCUGAAGUUCCUGAAGAAAGUGAGGACGCUCAACCCCUCGCACGCCGGGCCCAUCGUCGUGCACUGCAGUGCGGGCGUGGGCCGGACGGGCACCUUCAUUGUGAUCGACGCCAUGAUGGACAUGAUGUUCGCAGAGCAAAAGGUCGAUGUCUUCGAGUUCGUCUCCAAGAUCCGUAACCAGCGUCCCCAGAUGGUGCAGACAGAUAUGCAGUACACGUUCAUCUACCAAGCCCUGCUCGAGUACUACCUGUACGGGGACACGGAGCUGGAUGUGUCUUCCCUGGAAAGGCACCUACAGACGCUGCACAGCUCCACGGGCCAGUUUGCCAAGGUCGGGCUGGAGGAGGAGUUCCGGAAGCUGACCAAUGUCCGCAUCAUGAAGGAGGACAUGAGGACCGGCAAUCUGCCCGCCAACAUGAAGAAAGCCCGGGUCAUCCAGAUCAUUCCGUACGACUUCAACCGCGUGAUCCUCUCCAUGAAGCGGGGCCAGGAGUACACGGACUACAUCAAUGCGUCCUUUAUCGAUGGCUACCGGCAGAAGGACUACUUCAUUGCCACGCAGGGCCCACUGGCACACACCGUGCAGGAUUUCUGGAGGAUGCUCUGGGAGUGGAGGUGCCACACCGUGGUGAUGCUGACAGAGGUCCAGGAGCGCGAGCAGGACAAGUGCUACCAGUACUGGCCAGCAGAGGGCGCUGUGACUCACGGCGAGAUCACCAUUGAGCUAAAGAGUGACACCCUGUCUGAAGCCAUCAGUGUGAGGGACUUCCUGGUCACCUUCAGCCAGCCGCUGGCCAGGCAGGAGGAGCAGAGCCGCAUGGUCCGUCAGUUCCACUUCCACGGCUGGCCGGAGGUGGGCAUCCCCGCAGAGGGCAAGGGCAUGAUUGACCUCAUUGCAGCCGUGCAGAAGCAGCAGCAGCAGACGGGCAACCACCCCAUCACCGUGCACUGCAGUGCCGGAGCCGGGCGGACAGGCACCUUCAUCGCGCUCAGCAACAUCCUGGAACGCGUGAAGGCCGAGGGGCUCCUGGACGUCUUCCAGGCUGUCAAGAGUUUACGCCUUCAGAGGCCGCACAUGGUGCAAACCCUGGAACAGUAUGAAUUCUGCUACAAAGUGGUACAAGAUUUUAUCGAUAUAUUUUCUGAUUAUGCUAAUUUCAAAUGAAGAUUCUGCCUUAAGAUAUUUUUUAAUUUAAUGGUCAGGAUGUUUGUAAAGAUCAUGUUAAUUUAUUUCACAGUCGGUAUUAAUAUCCUCCCUACAUUUCUUUGUACAUAUUUUGUUACGCACUCCAGACCCACCUGCUAUAAACCCCCGGAAUCCUAAAUUCCCUUUCUAGGAGCUGGAAUAGGGCGCUGGGCUGCCCACCAUGAUGCCACAUGUAAGGUGGCUGCUGCUCUCAGCAAAUGUCCCGUUUUCUCAGCGCCAGGCCAUUCAUUCUGUUCUGCUCCACGUGGGCAGCUUUUCCUCACGUUGGCCACUGCGGUGCGCAUGCGUGUACACGCAUCUGCAGGCUGCAGAACUGGGCCUUGAAGACAGGACUGGCCAUCAGUUGGGGACCUGCUCCCUGUCGCCGACGAUGUCACAAGUGUGGACAGCAGCAUCUCCUGGGGCAUUACUCGAAGGCAAACCAUUUGCUGGCGGGGAAGAUCCCACAUCACAGUGAAGUCGUCAACGUCCAUCCUGGGGCUCAGGGUUCACAUUUUAGAGAUCAAAGAGGACUUGCCGACCUGGGUUCAGGGCUGAAGGCCUCUUUGUCCUUGCGGCUGCAUGGUGACAGUGUCCCGACUGCAAUUGCUCCAGCCCAUGUCUGUACAGCCUUAGACGAAGUACCCGGGUGGUCCAGUCUGUCCACAGCUCUGGGACAGCAGAGCCAGCAUCCACCGCCCUACCUGCCGCUGUCUGGCCACUCCGAUGAUCCUCUGAGGAUCCAGCCUACCUGUGCUCUCUGCCUCCCUUUUUUGCUGCAGCCCCCAGGCCCAGCCCAAACCACCCCCCAAACAUUCAGGCAAAGCUGGUUACUGCCCCCACAGAAGCAGGAGGCAGAAACAGAGGUGUGUACCACAGUCACAAAGUUAUAAGACCCAUCUUCUGAGAUGAGUUUUGAUAUGUAAAAACCUCUUGUCGAAGGCAGAGGUUGUUUGUAAGGGACAGAAAAAGAAUCCUCAAAUGUAUUUAGAUUUCUACA